AUGUCCACCGAGAAACCGCAAGAGGUUGCCAGCCAACCCGCAGCGGAGACUGCUGACGAUGCCGGCACUUUUGUAGGUAGCAACUCCCCCAGUGGAGGCUCGAAGCGUGGCUCGCAAAGCGAAAAAUUCUUAAUCAUGUUUGCUUUGUCGGCCACCAUCUUCCUGCUCGCCCUUGACCAAACCAUCGUUUCUACCGCAGCGCCGACCAUCACGAAUCAGUUCAAUGCGCUGCAAGAUGUAGGGUGGUACGGAUCUGCAUAUUUGCUUACAGCGACAGCCUUGCAGCCCAUGUUUGGCCGUAUCUACAGCUUCUUCAGUCUCAAAUGGGUCUUUGUCAUUGCGCUCACCAUCUUCGAGAUCGGCUCUCUGAUUUGUGCCGUCGCACAAAACAGUCCCACACUGAUCGUAGGCCGUGCAAUUGCAGGUAUCGGUUUGGCUGGCGGCUACAUUGGAAUCUUCAUCAUCAUCGCAGCUUGCACGCCCGUCUCGAAGCGCGCCAUUUACAGCUCGCUCAUCGCGGUCACCUACGGUGGCGGUGCCAUCUGCGGGCCGAUUCUUGGUGGUGUAUUUACCAGCACUGUUACGUGGAGGUGGUGCUUUUGGAUCAACCUUCCUUGCGGUGGAGUCAUUCUCGCUAUGAUGAUUCUUUCUUUCAAGCCGCCGGUGCGCGUUCGCAAAGAGACGAUGAAGCAUCUCUUGAUCCACAUGGACUGGAUCGGCACGACUGCGAUCUUGGCUUCGGUGAUCUGUAUUCUUCUCGUCUUGCAGUGGGGUGGUAUCACCUACGCUUGGGGAAGCUCGCAGAUCAUUGGCCUCCUCGUCGGCAGCGCCUUGUUGUUCACAGUCUUCGUCGGAGAUCAGAUAUAUCUCGGAGACGGCGCCACAUUGGUGCCCCGGGUCUUCAAGUUUCGCUCCAUUUGGACCGCCGGCGCUUACAAUUUCUGCUAUGGUUCUUACUUUUUCACUAUCACCUACUUCGUGCCAAUCUACUUCCAAGCUGUCAAAGACUCUACCGCUCUUAUCAGUGGAGUGCAGACGAUUCCGAUGAUUGUUGGGGUGGUAAUCUUCUCCACCCUGUCGGGCAUCAUUGUCACAAAGCUCGGCUACUACACGCCUGUCAUGAUGGUCGCUGCUCUGAUGGCUGUAGCAGGCGGAACCCUUCUGCACGAGUGGGAGGUGCACACUGGGCACCCGGCAUGGAUUGGCUACCAGUUCCUUGCUGGUUCGGGCUCAGGACUUGGGUUUAACUUGGCCUUCGUCGCAGCUCAGACCGUCUCUGGAAAAGAUACGGAUGCCGGCACUACCAUCGUCAUCUUCUUGCAGACGCUCGGUGGAACGCUGAUGACUAGUAUCGCUCAAAGCAUCUACCAGAACACCCUCAAGACCCAAAUCAGUAGCAUUCCUGGCGGACCCGAUGCGCUCACUGUCAUCGAAGCUGGUGUCAGUGGUUGGAGAACUGUCGUGCCGGCAAUGUUCCUCGAAGCGGUCGCAGAGGCCCAGAAUACUGCCGUCACAAACGCAUUCGUUUGCGCUAUUGCCGCUCCUGCCUUGGCUUUCAUCAUGACUGCUGGAAUCGAGUGGAAGUCCAUCAGGGGAGGUCAAGAAGUGCCUGUCGGCGGUGCUUAG